UCCAAGUUACAUUUCCAAGGUCAACAGGAGCAAAUUCCAUGGUAGAGAACUGAGGGAGGUGCGCGCUCCAGAUCGCAGAAUAGUUAAGCAUGACGACGGAGGAUUCUGCCCCCGUCCGCAUCGUCUCCUGCCGCAUGGUGCGGCCGUCUUUGAGCGGCGUGGCGACGUGCUCAGCCGAGCCUGCGGCCGAGACGGUGCACCUUGCGCCGUGGGACCUCCAGAUGCUGACCGUGGACUACAUCCAGAAGGGCAUCCUCCUACCUAAGCCCCCCGCCGGAGACGGCGGCGAGCGCCUCGUCGAGCGCCUUGCUUCCUCCUUCGCCCGUGCUCUGGGACGCUUCUACCCCUUUGCCGGCCGCCUCGCAGCCGAGGAGCAGCUGGAGGGCAGCGGCGUCACCGUCUCUCUGCGCUGCACCAGCGAGGGCGCAGAGUUCGUCCACGCGGUGGCGCCCGGCGCCACAGUGGCUGAUGUCGCGGCCUCGCUGUACAUCCCCCGUGUGGUCUGGUCCUUUUUCCCACUCGACGGGUUAGUCGGCGCGGAUGCCGUGGCUGGAUCGCGCCCCGUCCUUGCCGCGCAGGUCACCGAGCUCGCCGACGGCGUGUUUGUGGCCAUGUCGCUCAGCCACGCCGUUGCCGAUGGAACUGCCUUCUGGCACCUCUUCAACACCUGGGCCGAGAUGAGCCGGAGUGGUGGCGACGACGCCGAGAUGUUCACGCCGCCGCCGGUGCUCGAGCGUUGGUUCCCCGAUGCCUGCCCUGUACCGGUCCCUCUGCCGUUCGCCAAGCUGGAGCAUAUGAUCCGGCGAUUCGAUUGCCCUCCGGUGGAGGAGUGCUUCGUCCAUUUCUCCGCCGAGAGCAUCAAGAACCUGAAGGCCAGAGCGAACGCCGAGGUGGCCAGCGCCGGCGUCGGCUCGGCCACCUCCACUCCCACCCUCUCGUCCCUCCAGUCCCUGCUCGCUCACGUCUGGCGCGCAGUCUGUCGCGCCCGGCGCCUGUCACCGGUGGAAGAGACGACAUACACCGUGCUCGUUGGGUACCGCGGCCGUGUCAAGCGCAUACCACAAGCCUACGCAGGGAACGCCGUGGUGCGCGCCACGGCGAGGUCCACAGCCGGCGAGAUCCUGGACAGGGGACUGGGGUGGACGGCGCAGCUGCUGAACAGCACUAUCACGUCGCUCGACGUGGCGGCGCUGGUGGGCUCGCUGUCUUACUGGCACCGGGACCCGAGGUUCGCUUACCUGGCGGGGUUCUGGAACCCGGCGAUGAUGGUGACCGGGAACUCGCCGCGGUUCGACGUUUAUGGGAACGACUUUGGGUGGGGCGCGCCGUUGGCCGUGCGGAGCGGUGGCGCAAACAAGGUGGACGGGAGGGUGACGGUGUACGAGGGCCUUGGGGGCGGUGGGAGCAUGGGGAUGGAGGUGUGCCUCGCGCCGGAGGCGCUCGCGCGGCUAGCUGCAGACGAUGAGUUCAUCUAUCAGGAGUUCGGGACUGACGUACAGUUGUAGGGGUUCAGGAGUUCAUCUAUCACGAGUUCCAAAUUGAUGACUUCAACUGAGAGGCCUACACUUCUAGAAA